AUGGCGGUGACGGAUCUCCUUGUUAUUAUCGUCGCAGUGAUUUUAAGUCGGCUUCUGGCAAUACAUUUUCCAAAUAGUUUCCUGAACACCACACCGGGAUGUCGUCAAAUAAUUCUCCUUAUCCACGUUUCACUAAACUGCUCUGUCUGGUUGACCGUCGCCUUCACCUUCGAUCGGUUCCUAACUAUCUGUUACCAGGGGCAGAACACGAAAUACUGCACAGAAAAAGUAGCAUCUGUAGUUAUUGGAACAGUAUGUGUGCUAUGCUGUUCGAUAAACGUUCCAUUUUACUUCGUGUAUGGGCCCUUGUUUAUCCUUGAUAGCGUAGGCUGGUCCUGCGACAUAAGAGCGAUAUUUUACACAUCGGUUGCGUGGAGAUUGUUUGACACAUUUGACCGCAUUCAAACCCCGUGUCUCCCGUUCCUCCUUAUUUUACUGUUUAAUGUAAGGACUGUCAGACACAUUAUAGUUGCAAAUAGAGCCCGCAGGAGACUCCAAUUCAACAGGAAUAAAAGUAAUAAAUGUGACACAGAAAUGGAGAGCAGGAGAAAGUCCAUCGUUUUACUCUUUGCCAUCUCAGGUAGUUUCCUCCUGUUGUGGCUGACGUACAUUGUCCAUUUUCUACUGACGCAAAUUUCUGGUGACAGCUAUUUGACAGGUACCAAUCCCAAUGACCCCAAAUAUAUUCUGCAAGAAAGCGGGCACAUGCUGCAACUCUUAAGUUCAUGCACGCAUACAUGUAUUUAUGCAGUGACACAGACAAAAUUCAGAGGUCAGUUCCAAGAUGCUUUUAAAUAUUUCUCCAAGUUGAUUAUGAAAUGUCAUAAAUAG